CAUAAAUUGGUUAGGUCUGAAGGAGUGUAAAGAUCCCCUAGCCUGCCAGUCCUCUGACUCGUCUAAUGUCAAAAAGCAGGCACAAAGGGCCAUCUGCGAUGUCCUGCUGACCAAGAUGAGGGACAUCCUGAAAAGAACCUACAGGGACAAUGACGAGUUGCUACUUAUUCACCAGAAAGGAGAUGAUUUCCAGGAUAAGAAAAUGCUUCAGUGCAAUCCAGACACAGACAUUCCAGUGACGGGUCCCUGAUGCCAACUGAGGAUCUCCUGGAGGAGACUCCCUCCCUUCAGCAGAAAGAGAUUUCUCUCUCUAACUGUCCCACUAUAAUGAGCCCCCAGACCCUGAAGGUCAUCAUCAAAGGCACCAUAUGUCAACUGUAUGCCUCAGUGUCCCGCAGGCCCAGGCGGCUCACCGACUCAUUUGGGCUAAUGAUGGGUCUCUUUGAGGAGAUCAAGUUUGCCCUGAAGCGUGUUGGAAUCGCUGUCCUCUUUGUGGAGGACAGUGUGGAGUUCAGUGAGGUGAAUGCUAUGGAGGCCAUUGUGAAAGUUGCAUCCAAAACAAUGUCGUUGCGUUCACAUGCCAACCGUGCUCAACUGCAUGCUGCAUGCCACGGUGACCCUGGAUCCAUAUGUUCAAUGGCAGACACCAUCGCAUGGGUCAUCCAAAACUAUGUCAAGCGUUAUUGGAUUCAUUUUGAAGCCAGGAGAAGUGUUUGUAGUAGGUGGUCAAGCUCCUCAACGGAAAGAAAUCCUGGAAGAGGCCCAAGAGACAACACCCACUGACAAAAAGAGAAGGAACUCUGCCGGCUCGGGGCCUGAGACGUCCCCCCACCAUGAACAGAGAUGGAACUCUUCCGGCUCGGGGUCUGAGACGUCCCCCCACCAUGAACAGAGAUGGAACUCUGCCGACUCGGGGUCUGAGACGUCCCCCCACCAUGAACAGAGAAAGAACUCUGCCGGCUCGGGGCCUGAGACGUCCCCCCACCAUGAACAGAGAAGGAACUCUGCCGGCUCGGGGCCUGAGACGUCCCCCCACCAUGAACAGAGAUGGAACUCUGCCGGCUCGGGGCCUGAGACGUCCCCCCACCAUGAACAGAGAUGGAACUCUGCCGGCUCGGGGCCUGAGACGUCCCCCCACCAUGAACAGAGAUGGAACUCUGCCGGCUCGGGGUCUGAGACGUCCCCCCACCAUGAACAGAGAUGGAACUCUGCCGGCUCGGGGCCUGAGACGUCCCCCCACCAUGAACAGAGAUGGAACUCUGCCGGCUCGGCUCAGUGUAACAGAAGGUCCCUCUCCACAGACCAUUUGAACAGCACCUCCACACAGGAAAAGAAACUACCAAUAACUGGUGUUCUCUGUCUGUUCAUGAGAGAUGUAAGGACGAGGCUGUGGAACAAGAACAUAGCAAGUCAGGAAAGGGGGAAUGAAAAAAGAGUAAGGUGACUCCCCUUUUAUCCUACUGGUAAGUCUUUUUUAUUGUCAGUCACUGUAUAUCUGUCUUUACUCCUGGGGGUUAAAUGGGUUAAAUGUUCAAACUAUGUGUUGAACUUUUAUUCUAAUUAUUCC